AUGGAAAGAAAACCAGAAUGGCUACAAAAACAUAUAUUUGGAAACGAGCAUAUUCCAUAUGGACAGGCACUGUUUGAAGAGCUUGAACCGGAAACUCAGGAAAGAGUCAUGCAAACAAUACGCGAAGACUCAAAUACAGACUAUGACAAACUCUUUCUAGGAUAUAGGUUACCUGAGAUGGGCGACCAGAGCCAAAAGGCAAAAAGGACAUGGGAAAUUUGCAACAUACUAGAUGAACAUAAUGCAAAGAUGCAACAACUUCAAGCAGAGGGCAAUGAAGGAAAAAGAAGAGUUAAAAACUCAGUCAGGAAGAAAGUAAAGCUUGGUCCACGUGGGUUCUAUUAUGACAUAUAA